AUGGAUGGACAAUUCCGCGAUCUUGGUGCGCAGAUGCGGGCCGGCGCCGAACAGGCGGUGGCGGACAUCAAUGCCUCCGGCGGUGUCAAUGGCGAACCGCUCGUCCUUGAAAUCGCGGAUGACGGCUGCGAUGCCGACAAGGCUGUCGCAGUUGCCAAUCAGCUCAUCGGCAGGGGUGUCGUCUUCGUUGCCGGGCAUUUCUGCUUCAAUGCGUCCAUCCCUGCCAGCGAAGUCUAUGCGGAUGCGGGGAUCGUCCAGAUUUCGCCAGCAACCACGUUGCCGAAGUUUACAGACGAACGUCCCGGACCAGGUGUUUUCCGACUGGCGCCAAGGGACGAUCAGCAAGCAGACGUUGCCGGGCGUUUUCUUGUCGACAAUUUUGGUGAUGCCCGGAUUGCUAUCCUUCAUGACAAGACCGCCUAUGGCAAGGGACUGAGCGAUGCGGUGAAAGCCACGAUCAACAAUCUCGGCAAAUCCGAGAGCAUUUCGCUCGGUUUCGAUGCAGGGGAAGAUGACUACCGUUAUCUCGUUUCGCAACUUGGUCUGGAAAAUGUCGGUGUGGUUUAUCUCGGCGGCUACCAUCCGGAAGCCGGGCUGAUCAAGCUGGAGAUGGUUCGGCAGGCACUGGAUGCCGUGCUGGUGUCCGGUGAUGCGCUAAUGGCGGACGAAUUUAUCGCGGUUGCCGGUGCCGCUGGAAACGGUACCCUGCUGACCUAUCCGGUUGACCCGCGCGAUUUUCCCGGGACGGCUGCCGUCGUUGCAACUCUUGAAGAGGCCGGCAAACCGGCGGACCGCUAUGCGCUGACGACCUAUGCCGCUGUCCAGGCGUGGGCCCAGGCGGCAAACAGGGCAGGGGAAACGGGCAUGGAUGCGAUCGCGGAAACACUUUCCAACGACGUUUUCGACACGAUCCUCGGAGAGGUGCGAUUUGAUGAGAGAGGCGACAGCAACACACCUGGUUUCGUGAUUUAUGAAUGGCGAGACGGCGCGCCCAGGGUACGGUGA